CUGGAGUUUCCGCGACAGCUGGGAAGCUGCUGCCUGCGACUCGGGCAUCGCUCCCUCGCUAGCUAACGAUUUAAUUUAAACACGGAGAGACCACAGAGCCGACAAAAUCGACAGCAGGCAGACAGAGGAGAGUUGGCCGAACAUGGGCGAUAAGAAAAGUCCCACCAGGCCGAAGCGUCAGCCUAAACCCUCCGCAGAUGACGGCUAUUGGGACUGCAGCGUCUGCACAUUCCGGAACACCGCGGAGGCUUUCAAAUGCAUGAUCUGCGACGUCCGGAAAGGAACAUCCACACGGAAACCGCGUCCGGUGUCUCAGCUGGUGUCCCAGCAGGUCUCUCCCCAGUUUGCGUCCCCGCAGCAACCGAAGAAAGAGCGACGAGAGAGACCAGAGAAGGAGAGAGGAGACAAGGAACACUCACUACUCAAGAGGAACUCACACAAGAGGAUGAGGCCCCGGUUAAAGAAUAUCGACCGCAGCUCAGCGCAGCAUCUGGAGGUGACGGUGGGCGACCUGACGGUGAUCAUCACGGAUUUCAAGGAGAAGCCUCCUUCCGCUAAAGUAGCCACGCCCCCUAACACCUCAUCCCACCAAUCAGCAGCCAGCGCCGACCAGCUCAGCCAAUCCGGCUCCGGCUCCGACAACAACAGCAGUGAGAGGACGACGCCCACUCGGAUUAAUACCAGCGAGAGGAUGACGCCGACGCCCACUCCGCCUGCUGCCCGCCCCGCCCAUCGGCCGUCCAGCCCCUCCCCUCGGACGCCCGGUCCCGCCCAUCGGCCGUCUAGCUCGGCCCCUUCGUCUCGUCCCUCCUCUCGCCCCGCCUCCCGAUCAUCGUCGCCCUCGCCACCCGAACCUGCAGCACUCAACGGGGACUCGCACUAAAGGACAAGACGCACACGCACACACACACACACACACAGAUACGAUACGCGCACACACAGAUACGAUACGCGCACACACACACACACACACACUUACUCUUACUCUUGCAGGCCGACCAGAACGGUGCCCAUGCCCACACCAGUUAGGUGCAUCCUUAAAGGGACACUGUGCAGGAAAUGGUCAAAAAAGGUACUGCAACUAUGCUGCUCAUUGGCACUGUGUCGCCUAUUGCCAAAUUUGACCUUGGCAUGAAAGUUUCCGAAGUAAUAAACUAAUAUUUUCUAGUAUGGCCCAAGUACAGUCAUUUUUGCAGCUAAAAAUAGCUAUUUCUGGAAAUUCAAAAUGGCGGACCAUGGAGAAGAUCCCCCUUUUCAUGUAUGAAAAGUGCAAUUUUUCCAAUCAUAAUGAAUGCUUAGAAUUUCAUGGUGGUGGUGAAUAUUCAUGAAAAAGGUAACAUUAGUGAAUGGGCAGCAUGAAUUCUGGAAAUAAACAACUAAAAAUCUCACGCAGUGUCCCUUUAAAGUACUUACCUGCAACCCUUCUGUGUUCAUUCGUACCGGCCUCUAAACUUCAUUCACGUUGUCGUCAGGGUUACCGGCCUCUAAACUUCUGCAUUUGUUACCUGGAUGAAGCUGCUGACGGCCACGUUGUCGUCACGGUUACCAGAGAGAAGCCAAGUGGUUUUCCAGUUCGCGUUGCGUUGCGAUCUAACGUUCCGGUUUGCGAAGGCUAAGAUCUGCAGUGAGAACACGUCGGCCGGUUGGCGACUAGGUGCGGGAACGGGCAGCGGCACGGUUCUCAGAUGGCCUGAAUGCACACACACACACACACACACACACACACACACACACACACACACACACACACACACACACACACACACACACACACACACACACACCAUGACCCUCUCCAGCCCUCCUGUUCUCAGACCUGUCCUCUAUAUUCUAUAUGUCUCAUCAUCGUAUCACAUACACAACACUCAACACACACUAAAGACGCCAAUAACCUCCUCUCCUCUCCUCUCCUCUCCUCUCCUCUCCUCUCCUCUCCUCUCCUCUCC